AUGAACGCAGAGGAUGAGGCUGGCAUGAACAGGGUGUUAGACACCCUCCAGAUCCCGCGCGGAUUCCCUCAAGUCUCAGCGGUGGCCGAUGAAAAGCGACCACCGGACGAGCCAACAGCCUCUGGGGUCUCAAGUAAAUCUCCAUCCCAAGAUCCGCCUACCGUAAAUCCCAAGGGACAAUCUCCGAGCACCAAUCCGGUUGCUUCUGGUGCAUCCCCAGCGCAAGAUACUGCGUCGAGUGGAAAGUUCCCGUCUCCUGAGGGCUGGAAUCCUUUUGGAAUGGUACCGGGCGCUUCGGACAAUCAAAGCUUUGUCCACUGGGGCUUCACUUUGCCAACAGCUGAAAGUUUGGACACGAUUUACGCCAAUCUCAACGGAGGGCCGAGAGCACCUGCAAUGCCUAGAAUCCCCGUCAACACAGAAAUGAGCCCGGAUAGCUACCAGCUUGGCAUGGACAUGGCCCAACAGACGGGGAGUCUGCUAGGCCAGCUAACCCAUGGGGGAGAAAAUGAUUCAGAAAGCGGCGAAGAGGACGAAGCUGAAAAUGACGUUAUUGAACAAUUGUCGCACCGAAUUGGCACUUUGAAAAUUGCGGGUGAUGGCCAUCUGCGAUUCUACGGUGCCACGUCCAACCUCAAUCUGGUGGACGUGUCUGCGACACAGCAGCGGCAGCGACCAGACGCGCGGACUGUGCGCCACGAUGGUCAGGAUAUUCUGAACCACCUCCGGGUUGGUCAACCUGUUGAUCAAGCCUUGGAGGAUCAUCUCGUGGAGCUAUAUUUCACGUGGCAAAACCCCAGUACAUACAUUGUCGACAAAGAGAUGUUCAUGACGGCACGGACUAAAUGGCGCAAUGAGCUCGACGAUACUCCAUUCUACUCGGAGGUUCUAACUAAUGCGAUGUGUGCGAUUGGUAGUGCUUUUGAGGCACGCUAUCACCCCACAUUCAUCACUUUCCCAAAGUCUCUCGCUGAGUUCUUCGCGGAUCGUGCCAAGGCCCUUCUGGAAAUUGAACUCGAUUCUCCUUGUGUUGCUACUGUCCAAGCCCUUGUCAUCAUGAGCUGCCACGAAGGCGCAUCAAAUCGCGAUGCUCGAGGUUGGCUGUAUAGCGGUAAGUAUAUAUUUUUACAGAUGGGAAACGAUCGACGCUCAUUGUUUAAUUGCUCUGUAGGAAUGUCUAUGCGACUUGCUUUCGAUCUCGGGUUACACUUAGAUAUGACGGCGUACGUCAACAAGGGCGAAAUCACCCAGCUUGAGGCCGAUGUACGCCGUGCAACCUUUUGGGGAAGCUAUGUCGCAGACCAUUUCUGGGGUUUCUACUUAGGUCGCCCGUUCCGCAUGAACGCUGGAGACAUAGGUGUUCCCAAACCCGGCUCUGCCCUUUGCCCCGAAAAGGAAGAAAACUGGCAUCCAUACGGCCAUCAAGCUGCCCACGCCCUAUCCCGGAACGGUCUGAGGAACCCCAUGGAACUCAUAUGCAGGCAAUUUGUCGUCCUAUGGGAGAUGAUAACCCCUGUUGGUCAUAUUUUGUAUGGAUGCUCCGACAUCUCUCGGCACGACUUGCAAAGAAUCUGCUAUCAAGUGACGGAAGAUCUGUUCGCCUGGAAAGCCAAUCUUCCUUCUACCCUUCAGGUUGAUCUAGAUGAUGAUACAUCACCGAUACUGCCUCAUUUGAUGAUGCUCCAUAUGCAAUACCAUCAGAUCAUCAUUUUCUUCCACCGCCCAUGGCUCUCCAAAAGCUAUAUCCAGCCCCGCAGCCCUCGUCAAGGCCCCGGGUAUCACCAUGCGCGGCGCAUGUGUGUGGAGUCAGCCACCGCCAUCGCACGCCUACUCCAACUCUUCGAGAAACACUACACCUUCCGCCGGAUGAACAACCAAGUCGUAGCGAUAAUCUUCAGCGCAGCGCUCAUGCUUCUGUUCGUAACAGUGUCCAGCUCCCCGAUGAGCCCGGGCAAACAGGGCGACAGCCCGACAUACCCGCGCAGCACGGAAAUGGUAGCAUAUCUGAAUCUGUGCUUCCGGGCUCUUGAUGAACUGGGUCAAUCAUUUGACAAUGCCAAGCGCACCCGUGACUACCUCGUUACCCUGCAACGACGUUGGCAAGCAAACAUGCGCCGAUCCGGCUCCGCGACGAAACGCCAAAACAGCAGUGCUAACUUGGCGUCUCUGGGCUCGCAGAAGCCGUCUGCACAGCAUACCCGUGCUACCACCGCUCACGAUAUAGAUGGCUCUCGCAAGAAAUCUCGUUUAUCUGUUUCCGGGGUCCCUCCCAAUGUGCAGUCAACAGCACCUGUGACAACCAACCAAUACUCCCGCCUCCCUCAGCAGACCAUGCCUCAUCAUCAGCAAUAUCAUCAGCAGAGCCCUUAUCAACAGCAAGCCCCCUUCCCCGUCCCAGUUCCCGACUCCCAGCUAGGCGAUCUAGACUGGAUCCCUAACUCAGACAUGCGACUUUUGCCCGAGACUCAAAACGGCAACUCUCUAAAUGACAUGGGUCAGAUCCCUUCUCCUCCCUUCCCAGAGGACCCAAGCAUGCUCUCGGACAUCGCGAACAUCGAUGGAUGGUGGGCAUCGGAAAACUAUACGAGGACCUCAAUGCCACCAUGA